AAUUUAUGAAAGUGCAUAUUACUCGCCGUGAAUUAGCAUACCCUCGAAGCAACGCAAAAGAAAACAAUUUAUAAUUCGUCAAACCCUCUCUCUCUCCGCUCACACAUUCUCUCGAAACCCUAGAACCGUUUUGUCCUGUUUUUCUCCUCUCCUUUAGAUUCGAUUCUCUGAAUCUCUAUGAAAUUUCUCCGAAUUUUCAAAUCUAGGUUGGAUUCAAUGAUUCCUUUCAUGGACAAACCCUAGAUUUUUUUUCUGAAUUUUUUGAAUUUUUUUUUGAGCUAAAAAAUUGAACCCUAUGGAGGGCUCUGUGGCUAUUACGGAUGAUCUCGGAGCCCCGCCGGAGUCAUGGGAGGUAGCUGACGUGGACGCUAGUAUGCGGCGGCUUAUACUUUCUUCUUCGAAAAAGGAUUCCGAAUCUUCUGUCAAUAAUAAUAGUAAUCAAUCUGAGCUGCUUGAUUCCUCGUCUUCGGCUUUGGCCCGAGCUGGUUCGGGUGGUGUGUCGGAGGAUAUGGUUAACACCGUCGAUCAGUUUCUUCGUGAGGCUUUACAAAACCCUAGAGAGCGGCUUUCCGUUCUGAGGAUGGAGCAGGAUGUUGAAAAGUUUAUCAGGGACCCUGGCCGACAGCAGAUGGAAUUCCAGCAGCUGCCUACCUCCUAUUUGCGACUGGCUGCUCACCGUGUGGCACAGCACUAUUCACUACAAUCAAUGGUUUUGCUGGACAAUAGUCUACCGGAUGGCUCGGGUUCCAGAAUUAUUGUGCGCAAGACUUCUGAAUGUCGGAUGCCUUUGAUUCGCUUGGCUGACAUCCCGGUGAAUUUGCCUCAAGGAGAUACUGGCGUGGUUAAGGUUGCCAUUAAGCAGAGGCCACAGAAAGGUUCACAAUUUGCAGGUUCUUCAAAUUCAAAUUCAUCAAAGGGAAAUUCUGCCAAAAGUGUUGAGGAAAGAAAGGAGGAAUAUAAUAGGGCUCGAGCACGUAUUUUUAACUCUAAUAGUUUAAGUGGGAGCUCCAAUGUAAAACCUGAAACUGAAUCAAGGUCACAGGAUACUUUCCAGUAUGGUCCAAUAGGCAUACCACAGCUAGAAGAAAAAGCUAGUUUAGCUGGCGGUUCUGAUUUGAAUACUGGGCGGGGUCUGAUUGAUUCUUCAACAAGUAGCAGUAGAUCAGCUAGAAGUAGGACAGAAAAAGAGCCAGUUGGUAGACCUAAAUCUAAUAAUAAGGUGGCUAUCUUUCGUGAUCGGGAAAUUGACCGGAAGGACCCAGAUU